GUUAAGUUUUCGUCGAGGGUCUUUGGGAACUGGUAGAUUUGUAGACAAAACGACGUCUCGGAGAUUGGAAUUUCGGAUCGUGUCUCUCUCUGCUUCUUCUUUGUUUCAAUCCGAUUUCGAAUCAAACCCUUUACUUCUGCUCCUCAAAGAUUUCGUUUUUCCAGUCUGUGCACACUAAAGAAUUCUCAAGAAGUUGUUACUAAAAGAGAGGCCACAAGUGGAUAUUGUCUUUGUUAUCAAGUGUUAGUACAGAAAAGUGGUGAGAAAGUAAUAUGGCUGAUACCAGUCCGAGAACUGAUGUCUCAACAGAUGAAGACACAGAUCAUCCUGAUCUUGGGUCGGAGGGAGCACUAGUGAAUAAUGCUGCUUCUGAUUCGAGUGACCGAUCGAAGGGCAAGAUGGAUCAAAAGACCCUUCGUAGGCUUGCUCAAAACCGUGAGGCAGCAAGGAAAAGCAGAUUGAGGAAGAAGGCGUAUGUUCAGCAGCUGGAGAACAGCCGCUUGAAACUUACCCAGCUUGAGCAGGAGCUGCAAAGAGCAAGACAGCAGGGCGUCUUCAUUUCAAGCACAGGAGACCAAGCCCAUGCUACUGGUGGAAAUGGUGCUUUGGCGUUUGAUGCUGAACACUCACGGUGGUUGGAAGAAAAGAACAAGCAAAUGAACGAGCUGAGGUCUGCUCUGAAUGCGCAUGCAGGUGAUUCUGAGCUUCGAAUAAUAGUUGAUGGUGUGAUGGCUCACUAUGAAGAGCUUUUCAGGAUAAAGAGCAAUGCAGCUAAGAAUGAUGUAUUUCACUUGCUAUCUGGCAUGUGGAAAACACCAGCUGAAAGAUGUUUCUUGUGGCUCGGUGGCUUUCGUUCAUCCGAACUUCUCAAGCUUCUGGCGAAUCAGUUGGAGCCAAUGACAGAGAGACAGUUGAUGGGCAUAAAUAACUUGCAACAGACAUCGCAACAGGCUGAAGAUGCUUUGUCUCAAGGGAUGGAGAGCUUACAACAGUCUCUAGCUGAUACUUUAUCGAGCGGGACUCUUGGUUCAAGCUCAUCAGGGAAUGUGGCGAGCUACAUGGGUCAGAUGGCCAUGGCAAUGGGAAAGUUAGGUACCCUCGAAGGAUUUAUCCGCCAGGCUGAUAAUUUGAGACUACAAACACUGCAACAGAUGAUAAGAGUAUUAACAACACGACAGUCAGCGCGUGCUCUACUUGCAAUUCAUGAUUACUUCUCACGGCUACGAGCUCUUAGCUCCUUGUGGCUUGCUCGACCCAGAGAGUGAAACUGUAUUUUGGUCACUAUCAGUCAGCUGUACAAAAUCCAUAUGGGACACAAACCAGGAGAGACUAUUAAUCAACACUUGUCAGAGAUUCAUCUUACCAAAUCCAUCAACAAAUAAGCAAAUUUCUGGGAAACAAAGACUCUUUUGUCUGUAGGGUUUCUACAUGGUUGUGGUAAUUCAUGUUGUUUUAGCUGUAGCCUUCAGUUUUUAAUUUAGCAUUUAAAAAGUUCAAUGUUUAUAUAUCAUCUUCGAUUAUCUUAGAAAGGUUAUUGAAUUUUUGUUUGUUUUUUUUUUGUUACUUUGUGUGUGGUAAAGGUGUUUUAACCUUGCAACUUCUGUACUUGUAAUCAUCAUUUAACAAUAUAAAGAUUUUAUUUUGAGUUUUGUGGUUUCA